CACAGCAAGCUCUCACUUGCCGUCCUGGCUGGAACUGAAGGUUUGAUUACUGAAGUGGAGAGUGGGGAUCGUGUUACAGACUUGCUGCAUGUUAUGAAAUCAUUCUCAGCGCAAGUCAUAUUCUACUUUGUAGUACCUUACCUACUGAUGAUUCGUGCUUGUCUGACAACGGCGAGGAAAAGGGGUUGGUUAAAAAUCUUUUCAAGACAUUACUCAUUAUCUCACCACUACGAUUUGCUUCUUCAACUUCCCACUGCUUCCAACACACGCGACCGCUGGCCGCGACCAUACUUUCUGUAUUUCUGUCCUUCCAUGACUCAUUCAUCGCCAAAAUCCGCAAUCGCGGUGUCACCGCUUCAGUCAUAUCCCUUCACAUCACCUCUCUGUAUUGCUUCUUGUUGCGAUCUCUACACACCUACUCCACAAUCUAGUUAUGCUCCUAACAGGCCAUUUUGUUAGGAGAUACUGACAGGGUAAGAUAGAUGGCCACGUCGCCAAGCCGCCAUCCAUCGGUGGAGGAGAAAACCCGCCAGAGUGUGAGGGAGGAGAGCCGAUUCCAUCAGCUGGGCCAAGCCCACUCCGGCUUGCGGGGCCCGCCGGGCCCACUAAUUCAAAAACCCAAAAUAAAAAUUACCCUAAACCCUACCCCUAUUCACGUUCUUCCCCAAAUUACUUCCCCCCCUCUCUCUCUCCCUUUCUCUCUCGCUUUCCUCUCCCUUUCUUCCUCUCCCGAACGCAGACGAAGCGCCGCGCGGUGUAGCGAACUCGACGGGGUCGAACUCGGCGGCAGCGAAGUCGUCGAUCUUGGCGGCGGCGACGAUCUAGGCGGUGGCGGCAACCUUGCAGCGAAGUUGGAGAUCUCGGCGGCGGCGACCUUGCUGCAAAAUCAGCGGCGGCGAUCUCGGCGGCGGCGAUCUCGGCGGCAACGAACUUGUCGGCGACAACGAAGCAACGAUCUCGGCGGCGGCGCUUUGCAGGGAACUCGGGUUCUUGAUCAUGAAUUGUGCAAGAUGAAAAAAUCCAAAAGGUGUUCGAUGCCAGCUCCUCCAAGAGAAGGGGAGGUGGAGACACAUCACUGGCUCAAUCCAGACGCAUCAUGCUGGGAAAACAAAGAUUUUGACAACCUUGACCUAAAUCAGCUUGCGGCAAUGGAGUCAAUGGUUGAGAGCAUGAUCCAAAUGUGGAGGGCUCGGGACGACGCGCUCAAAAAAAUUAUCAAGCGUCAGCAAGACAAUAGUUGAACUAUUGCUUUCUCAUUUCUUAUAUGGUUGUGCUUUUUCGGAUUUGAAAUUCUUGGAUUGUUAUAAUAACAUUAAAUACUAGUUUUAUCGCGAUUUGUCUAUCAAAUGACUCUUUUUAUUGGGUAUAAAAAACCGACUCUUUUUAUUAAGAAUUCGAGUUUUUUAUUCUGGAAUAUUAUUUGCUCAUCAAAAACACAUCUCCACAAAACAAAUAUCCAAACCACUCAAACUAAUAUCCGACAGUCGCACUAAUAUCCGUUCUCCAUUACAAAUAUCCACAACACCCGGACUAAUAUCUCAUCGCCUAAGACUAAUAUACAUUCAGAUCGUAA